AUGCAGGUUGGCGCUGUUUUGGCGUCACGGGAGACCUACACAAUAUUAGGCAGGUGGUUUUAAUGUUGUGGCUGAUUGGUGUGUAUUUGAUACCAGAGCGCCUUGUUUACUUAGGAUUUUUACUCACAGUGUUGACUGCUGCCCUCUGCACUGUCCAGGGAUAAGCAUUCAGUAGAGCCCAAAUGCAGGUUUCAGUUUUUUAGGGUUAGUGCACAUAAAAUGAAAAGUCUGUCUUCAUUUUACUCACCUUCAUAUUGUUCCAAACCAAAAUAUCUAAAAAAAUAUAGAUUUUCAGAUUAGAGGUCGAUACGAUAACUAAGGUGGUGGAAAAGGCAGAUAACCGAUUAACUGGCCGAUCGAUACAAUCGAUUUGUAGAAUGUAAAAAAAAGUCUUUCUUUACUUUGACAGGCACAGACAUAGAGGCUACAAGAGAACAAAUUGUAUAAAAUCCCAGAUGCCGUUUAUUGUGACACUAAAAUCCCAAUAAUAACCAGAAAAAAAAGAAAAUUUGGUACAAAAUGCAGGACUUUUAACUAUAAACAAGCCAGAAAUACACACACUUAUUUUGCGACUCUAAUUUUGAAAUAAAAUAUUUACCAAACAAAGCUUUUUAUAGCCUAUAUAUUCAUUCAUGGAAUUUGGAUGUAUAUGUUUCACCAGGUUUUUUUUAUUUUUUUAUUCAGAAGACAUGAAGUUGGAGUCACAAUGAAAAAAAAAAACUAUCAGCUUUGAUUUUUGCAGAUAACCAACAGUUCCAAAAAGCUACUCUCUGCAAUGAUAUAUCAGUUUUACCGAUUAAUCGGUCUACCUUUAGGCUAGUUCAGAUGAUAUUUAGAAUCAAAAUGUGCAAUUUACUGUUGUAGAUUUAAUCUGUGUUUUCUGUAGUUUGCAGUAACCAAUAAUUACACUAGCGUGAUAAUGGCAUAGGCAUAUGGGCCAGUGUUGACAAAAGUAAGCAACAAAAAGAGGCUAAACUGUCCGAGCUGCCUCCUACUUUCACAGAACACUGCCUGUCCAAAGCCAGCUGGCCUGAAUUAUUGCAGAAAUGUUGAGGUAAAAAGAAUAAGAAAAAGGGUAAGACCCUUACCCUUACUGACUUUUUAGCAGAGGACAGCGGGGGAAAUGCGCCACCGACUUACGCACCUGCAAAGCCCACCAGCUGGGCUGAUGAGACCGAUGACCUGGAGGGAGAUGUUACUACAUCCUGGCACACAGAGGAUGACAUGUAUCGUGCGCCGCCCAUCGAUCGGUCCAUUCUGCCAACGGCUCCACGAGCCGCCCGUGAGCCCAACAUCGACCGCUCCCGUCUUCCCCGCAACCCCCCCUACACUGCCUUCCUGGGCAACCUUCCUUAUGAUGUCACUGAAGACUCCAUUAAAAACUUCUUUCGUGGACUGAGUAUCAGUGCAGUUCGCCUCCCAAGGGAGCCUAGUAACCCAGAGCGACUGAAAGGCUUCGGUUAUGCUGAAUUCGAUGAUAUAGACUCUCUGUUGCGAGCACUCGGUCUCAAUGAAGAGAACCUUGGAAAUCGUAGGAUCCGUGUAGAUAUUGCUGACCAGUCCAAUGAAAAAGAGAGGGAUGAGCGGUCCAUGUCAGGAAGGGACCGUAAUCGUAAUGAACGAGACAUGGGCCCAGACAAGACAGAUUCUGACUGGCGGGCAAGGCCUAAAGGUGAUUCAGAUGAUGGACCAAAACGAGACGACGCCUUUGGAGAGCACCGUUACCGUGAUGGCCAGCGGUGGGAUGGCGAUCGUUACGAUGGAGGAAGAGAGCGAUACCGUGAGCGGUAUGACGACAGAGACCGCAGAGACUAUGACAGAGGCUACGAUUCUCGCAGUGGGGGACGUAGGGCAUUUGGAAGUGGUUUCCGGCGCGAUUACGAUGAACGGCGGGACGACUUUCGUGGUAGCGGAGAUCGCUAUGCUGACCGUGAAGACAGAUUUGAGAGACGGGAAGAGAAGCGCGAGGACAGAGGUCCCCCACAGAGACCCAAGCUGAACCUGAAGCCCCGCAGCGUUCCCAAAGAAGAAGAGCAGAGCAGCGCUCCAUCAGCCCCAUCAGGACGAGCCACAUCCAUCUUUGGAGGAGCCAAACCAGUGGACACGGCCGCUAAAGAGAGAGAGGUGGAGGAGAGACUGAAGAAAGAGCAGGAGAGACUGCAGAGGCAACUGGAGGAGGACAAGAACAGAGGACCUGAACGCAAGCCCAGAGAGAGGCAUCCCAGCUGGCGUAGUGAGGACCAAGCAACCGAGCGCUCACGAACAGGAAGUGAGUCAUCACAAACUGGAAGCACAUCAAACAGGGGGCCAAGACAUCGGGAAAGUGAACGUUCUGUGGAAAACGAGGUUUUCAGCCGUGAUGAGGAGCCACCUUCCUAUGGAACCCAGACUUCCUCCAAGCAGGAGGGGCUGCCACUAAAGGUUGUUCCAGCUCCACCACCUAAGGAGAAUGUUUGGGCAAAGAGGAGCACCAUGAGUGCAGGAUCCAGUGAGAGUGACACUAAACCCACUGUCUCUCUAGGCAGCAGUACUCCACCUAAAAGUUCAACAAGCUCAGCUGAAGUUCCCCAGAGAAGUAAAGAUGAAAACCAGGCAUAUGGGGUGCACCAGGAUCGGGGCCCCUUUCGGGGUCGUGGCGGGGCCUCAGGCUCUGGAGCAGGCAGGGGGCGUGGAGACGCGGCCAGCCGAGACCGAAGGAAGGAGACAGACAGAAAGGAUGCAAGAAGAGAGCGAAAUCUCAGACCAGCACCAGAGCCAAAGAAAUUUGAGGAGCCUCCCAGCCCUAAAUUCAGCUCAGCCAGUAAAUACGCAGCCUUGCUGAUGGAUGGCGUGCAGGGAGAAGAGGAGGGGGGUGGAGACUAAGUUGUGGCCGGACUACGCUAAUGAUGGUCCAAAAUGAAUUACAAAAUUUAACCUACAGCUUUUAUUUCAUGCUGCAAAGGACCCAGAUCCACCCUGUGAGAGCAAAUACCCAUUUUAGAGCCACCCUCUUCUACAGGACUGAACCCCAAACCUAGUGGGGAAAAUACAGGACUUGUUUUACAGUAAAAGAGACCGUGUGGAAGAUUGGAUGAUUAUAACUAAUAAAUGUGUGGGGUUAAACAAAAUAAACAGGGGAUCGCUUCUGCUCUGCAUACAUAAAAAGUUGAGUGCAUUUCUCUUGAGCUUGAUUGCACGUUGAGUGGCAAGGAAACAUAGAAUCACUGGGAAAAGUGCCACAAGAUAAAUGUUUCCCUGACCUUUUAGGGCUUCCUUAGUUUUCUGAAUGAACGUUUACAGCAGCUGCUUUGCUGAAAUCUCUGGUCAAAAAAGGGGGUAAUAAAUCUCACAAACUCGAUUUUAUGUCUUAAACUCAUGUUGAUCAUCAGGUCUGAUGAUUUGUAUUCAGGGAGAACUGUCACUGAAUAAUGGCCAACAAAGAGAUCUGAACCUGUUAGUUUCAGUUUUGAUAUUUCUCUGCACUGCUUUGCUGCAGGAGUGUCCCAUUUUUUCACUUAUCUUUGAGGACUUUUUUUAAAGCCACUCCUUUGGACAGAUGUGCAAUAGGAAUUUAAGUAUUCCUCUGAAUCUACACGUUUCAACAACAGAGUCUGCUGCUGCUUUGGGUUGAGCAUAUAUCUAAAGGUAGUGACAUGACGUGCUUAUUGAUUUGAACUGUGUACCAUCUACAAAAACAAUAAAAGACUACACUGAGUCAAUUAUG